ACCGAAUCCUUUCUUACUUCUGAAAGGCAGGUAGGUGGAAAGAGUAUGCCCUUGACUAAAUUAUUUGCUGAUGGCUGGAAGCUAGUCAACGUAUUUAACUGCCAACUGAACGAAACAAGAAAGUUUACUCGUCUGCUGUCUGUCAUUGCCAACAAGCCCGACAGAGAGCGCAUCAAGGUGUUGGGACCAGAUCGAUCCUGUGCUGAGUGGCUGCUGAGAAAUGGAGCCACAGUGAAAUGGAAGGGCAGUACCAAAUGGCAGACUGACUACAACACACUACCAAGUGCUGAUAACAAAAAGACCUAUCACAUUGAAGAGAUUGAUGUUGAUGAGGCUGGCAUCAUGGCUGUUGGUUUUGAACAUUUUGAUGGCUGCAACCACAUAAAAAGAAUCAGACUGCACCACUGUCCCUACCUCCCCGAUGAGGCAUUGAUGUUGGCAGUUGACAAAUUGAAGCACACGCUUGAGCACUUGGAGCUGACCAGUUGUGGGGACAUUACAGAUUCUGGACUUCUCUAUUUACAACAUCUGAGUUUGUUGAGGACUCUGUUAUUGCGUGACCUGCCAGAAGUCAUAGAGCCACAGAAUUGCCUCAAACAGCUGUCUGCCAAGUUGCUUCAGUGUGCAAUCAACUUUGACGGCGUGAACAAAUAUCAUUGAUUGUUUGCUUGCUGUGGAUCAUAAUUAUCUAUACAUUAUUUACAUAUGUUUGUGUGUGCACAUUAACAACACGUACCGUUCUUUUCCAGUUUGAUGUCCUUAUUAAAAGAGGCUCUAUACAAAUCAUCAAAUACGAAUUCGCAUUUUCAGUGGCGGAUCUGAGGGAGCCGGCAGGGGGUCUAACCGAAAAAUUUCCUUUUUGACGAAAAAUGACGUAAGAAGAAAAAAAAAGGUCAGCUAAAAACGGUAGUAGGUCAACAUUUUGGGACGUAUUGGAACCUUUUCUCUUUCCCGAUCAACGUUUGAAAUGUUUUGCCCCCUUCCCUUCGCUAAAGUUGUCUAGAUCCGCCACUGUGCAUUUUCACUUAAAUGCUUCUUUACGAGCAUGAAAUUAGUUCAUUAAUUCAAUGUUGCGAGUUGUCAAUUAAUUAUUACUUUAAAUUUUCAACAAUUUAAACGGAUGUUAGGUGAGUGAUUGUUGCCUGGUUCACUACACUCACUCACUAGCAUCCAUUGCACAAUCGUUUUAUCCUUUUCAUUUUAAGAUUUAUUUACGCGUUUCAAUUCCGACGGUUUGAAAUGUGCACUGCUUGUAGUAAUGAUGAAUUGAGACGUAUGCCAUGUGGCAUAAUCAAUUUACUUCAUCGCAUUACUAAAAUUCUCCGUGGUUUAACAAUUUUUGCUGUUAUUUUCACAAUUUUUAAAUUAUUUUUUCAAUGAAAUAUAUCAGUCCGUCGACAC